ACUGUGGACCCCACUAGGCUGUGACGGAAUUACAGAGGUUGAUUAAAGCAAACCUUGUCUUCUCGUUCCCAACUUUCCCCCAUUUUUCUCUCUCCUCUCACUUCACGUUUUCUCUCUCAUGGGACUGCAAUCGCCGAACUUCUCGUCGGAAUAAAGGGUUAGAUAAUGAAGAGGUUAAGAUCGUAUGGUGAUGAUUUGGCGUCGGUUGGCGAGAAAGAACUCGACCGAACGACGUCGUUUUCGUCAUCUCAUCACCGAAGAUUUUACUCCAAAGGGCCGGAAAACGGCCGGAAUAGACCUUCUCCGGUGAUAGAUGAUGAUCGGGAUCGAGAGGGUUCGUCUUCAAGGGUGGGAAGUAUGAGGAAAAGAAUGGACCAUGAUUUGGAUGGUGUUGAUGAGAGGGAAGGUUCUAGAGGGUUUAGGAAGAGAGCGGAACAUGAAUUUUCUGAUGGGUUUGAAGAUAGGGAAGGGUUUAGAGGGGUGAGGAAGAGAGUGGAGCAUGAGAAUGAUGGGUUUGAUAGGAGGAAAGGGUUUGAUCGGUAUAGGGAUCGGGAUGGAAUGGUGGGUUCGGGUUCGUCAUUGGUGUCGCCACGAGGUGGUGGGUAUGUGGCAGAUAGGGAUAGAGAGAGGGAGAGGGAAAGACUCGAAAGAGAGAGGGAUAAUAGGGAAAGGGAGAGGAUUCAUCGGUCCGAGAGCUUUUGUGUUUCGAGGAGGGAUUUCCCGAAAGGGUUUAGGUCGGAGAGGCAUUGGUUGAGAAGGGAGGACGGAGGUUCGUCGUCGUGGAGGAGGUUUGAUAGUAGGAGCAGGAAGGAAAUUGAUGAAGAUGCAAAGAGCUCACCACCGGUUGAGAAGGGAGGGAGCAUUAGCAGCAAAGGUGGUGGGGGCCCGGAUAGUGGUGGUGUUGUUAGUAGUAGCAAGGAGAGUUUGAGUUUGAGGUCUCCACGAGGAGGAAUUAAAGAUGUCAAGUCACCCACGUGGUCUAAAGAUUCAACUAGAGAUUCGAAGGAGUCGGUGGGUGAGCCUGAGCCGUUGAAAGAUACCAAGAAAAACGAGAGUAUGGUAGCAGAUAGUGCUGGCCCUGGUGCGUGUGGUGGGGCCAUUGGGAGUGGAAGUGAGAUGGAGGAAGGAGAGCUUCAACCAGAAUUGAAUCAGAUGAUUCAAGCACCGGAUGAUAGGGUUGUUUCUGAGCCGACUGUGGAUAAUGCAGAACAGUGUGCUGAGAAUCCUCAAGUAGACAGGGAUAAUGGGAAGAAGCUACAUGAGCGUAAUGCUAGUCGAAUGGUCGAGUCAAGAACAGCUGAUGCAAUUGUUACAGACAGUAAUUUGGCUCCAGAAAACGAAAAAGUGGUGAGUGAAGUAGGUGCUGCUGACAGGAAACAGGUUACGGUUGUAAAAGCAAACCACGAGAUUGUGAAAGGUGCAGAAAAGUUCUCAGUUUCCGUUUCUGAAGACACUAAAGCGCCGGUACGUAAAGGUAUUGUUGAAAAUACAGCUGCUAGUGAUGUAAGAUUGAGGGAGAAUCAACCCGAGUCAUCUGCCCCUACUACAAACAUGACCCUUGAUAGUCAGGUGAAAGUGGAAGAGCAUGAUCCUACUAGAUACAUGGACAAGCCAUCACCAGAGAAAGAGAAAUCACAAAAUAAUAAUCUUGAUCUCGAAGUUGGUUUGGGUGAGUCAAAUAAAGCCAUUGUAGAAGAAGGGUAUAAAGAGCCUGAACAAUCUAUCCCUGUCACAAAAGAUAAAGGGAAAGGCGUGGCUGUAAGCUCUCCUGGCGAGGCUAGUGUUAGAGAAAACAGUUUGCUGGUUGAAAGGAACUUCAUUUCUUGCCAAGAUGAUGAUGCUAUGGUAGGCCCCAGUUCACGAGGGUUCGAGCUAUUUUCUAGCACCGCUGGAGUCAAAAUGGAGUGUGCUGCCAACAGGUGUAGCGGGUCUAAAUCCGAAGCCGAGAAGCUAAAGUUGGAACCCUUAGAUCUCUCACUUAGCCUACCUAAUGUUUCAGUCCCUGUCAGUGUUGCUGCUGCACCCCCGAGCUCUCCUCCGCGUGCAAGGAGUGUUCAGUCAUUUGGUACCACUCUCAGAACCGGCUCAGAUUGUUUCACCACAUCGAUUUCGUUCUCCGGGUCACAAUUCCUUCACAAUCCGAGCUGUUCACUUACUCAUAAUUCUGUUGAUCAUGACUUUGAGCAAUCCGUGAAAAGCCGUCCCUUAUUUCAGGGUGUUGAUUGGCAGGCAUUAAGUGCCAAUGAUCCUCUUCCGAAGGAAGUUCUUGCAAACACAAAACAAGCUUCAAAUGGUAACGGGUCUCUACAUUUUACACAGUCAACCCCGGGAAUUUUGAAUGGUCGAGCUGUACAACACCAGCCAGUAGUACUUCAUGGAGUGGAUCGGUCUAGCAUUCUUCAGAAACAGCCCUCUGGAAAAAUACGAUAUCAAGACGAUUUCCGGUCUCCUGCUCAGAGUACUGGAUCUCGUGAUACUAGAUCGGAAUAUGGGAAAGACAAGAAACGGGUGACUGGGGAAGACAGUGUAGCUGGAGAAAGAGAUCUCGUGGAGCGGUUAAUUUACCUAAUUGCUUCUGAACAAAUCCAAACCAUGUCGUGGAGAGUUAACGAAAUGCCAGAACGUUCCGUUGCUUUCUUGAAGGACAGUGUAUGUGAUAUUGUGUUAAAAGAUGAUAAUCAAAGAAAGCUACGUGCGCUUCAGGAUAUGUUGCGGAAAAGGUCUGAUCUUAAUUUAGAGACCCUGUUAAAGUCACACCGUGUCCAGUUACAGAUUUUAGUGGCUCUUAAGACCGGUCUUCCGGACUUCAUUCAGCGUUCUGACAGUAUUUCUUCGAGCGAUUUGGCAGAGAUUUACCUGAACCUGAAGUGCAGAAACAGUAACUGCCGAAGUGCUUUACCCGUAGAUGAGUGUGAAUGUAAAUUCUGCUCCCCGAAAGAGGGUUAUUGCAGUUCUUGUAUGUGUCUCGUUUGUUCCAAGUUUGACACGGCUUCCAACACGUGUGGUUGGGUUGGAUGUGAUGUUUGUGACCAUUGGUGCCAUACCGAUUGUGGGUUGCUGAAAUCUUACAUUAGAAAUGGUCGAAGUGCUGCUGGGGCCCAGGGGAUGAUAUCUGAGAUGCAGUUUUACUGUCUUGCUUGUGAUCAUCCUUCUGAAAUGUUUGGCUUUGUGAAGGAUGUUUUCAAAAUUUGUGCUACCGAAUGGAAAGCUGAAACAUUUCUUCGGGAACUUGAGUACGUGAGAAGGAUAUUCAGCGGUAGCAAUGAUUACAGAGGGAAAGUAUUGCAUGAUGCUGCUAAGCAGCUGAUUGGUAGAUUGCAAAGUGGAGCGAAAACUGCGGAUAUCUGUAAUCAAAUUAUGGCGUUUCUAAAUGAGGGUGAUGGCAAGUCUGCCGGUAUAGUUGGAUCUUCGGGAAGGGAUCACGCCCAACCUCAACCCCUUGAGAAUAACAGAGCAAACGUUGUCCAAGAUGGGGCCGCUAUUGCACUCAGUCACGAACCAACAUGGUCAAAACCCAAUUCUGCAAAUGUCGGAAUUACCCUUCCCGUUAUAGAGGGGAGUGCAGUUGGUGGCGGUUCGUGGAGUACGGAGAUGCUGAUGGGAAUGAGCGCAAAGGCCGGAGAUGAUCUGGACAUUGUCAAGCUCAAGAUGGCAGAAGCCCAACUGUUCCAAAAACGGGCCGAUGACGCUCGUAAAGAGGCCGAGGCCCUCCAGCGGAUAGCGGUUGCGAAGAACGAAAAGGUGGAGGAAGAGUACGCGGGCAGGAUGGCGAAGCUGCGCAUGCCGGAGGUGGAAGAGCGGCGCAGGCUGAAGCACGAGGAACUGCAGAUGUUGGAGAGGAGUCACCGCGAGUACUUCAACAUGAAAACGAGGAUGGAAACGGAUAUUAAGGAUUUGUUGAUUAAAAUGGAAGCAACGAGGCGGAAUCUCAGUACCUAAGUAAGUAAAGAUGGUUGUGGUCCGGGUUGGGCUUUGGGCUGAGCGCACGAACUGUGGGCCUAGCCAAGCCCACUCUGCAUCGUGCUGGGCCGGGUGGAAAAGUUCAAAACAGGGCCCAGGCCCAUGGAUCAUCGUGUUUUUGUCUAAUUUUACUAAAUUUAGCAUGCUCUGUCUUGUUGGGUCGGGUCGAGUCGUGCCGUGCUUUUUCCGUGCUCUUGUUCGGCCGGGCUUUGUUGUGACGGGUUGGGCCGACCCACAGCCAUCUUUAUGUACUUUUCAGGUGCCUAGUAUGCUUUCUGAAGAUGAUGCUCAUGUAGAUUUACCGAGGCAACUCUCAAUAGUUAUGUCGAUGUUGCCUCGCACACCUGUAUUCAUGAAGCCGCGAGCCCCGAUAUUGGCAGAUUUGUGGCAGUUAUAGAGGUGUAUGUAUUAUUUCCAAGUGCCUUUACCGAUCUCAGUUAAGUAUAAAUUUUUAGUCGAGAUCUUUAAGAGAGCCAUGUUAUUAUUCUUUUUACUGUCCUUUCUGUAGGUUUUUGUUUCAGGAUCUCAGUGUAGGUUUCUGGUUUCUGGUUUCUGGUUGCUGGUUGCUGGUUGCUGGUUGCUUUUGCUUCGUUUUUGUUCUUUCAGUUGUAGUAGUAUAAAACUAACCUGAAGCUUGUACAGAAAAUACGAAGUAGCUGCUAGCUUCACCCUCUUGUUACAAACAUUUGGCAUAUAUUGAUCUUUUAGUGAAGGAGUUUUCUCUUUCCAAUUUAUUGA